UCUUAAAUUUUCUAAUAUGAUGACUUUGACUAUGAUUACAUAAGCUACACUGGGCUGUGGGCAUCUUCACACCUGAAUUAUCACUUUAGGUAUGUAUGUAAAUUGUGUGAUUUCACCAGAGAGAUGUGUUCAGAAUCUUCAGAAACAAUAGUUCCUUCCUCUCAUCUACUAGUUUGUCUCCCUACCUAACCUCGUAAGCUUAAAGCAGAUACCCCAUGAGUUUCUUCUUUCUUGAUUUUUUUUUCUUAUAAUUUCCUUGUGGUGAACUACCAAUUGCUCUGGGAACAAAGUAGCCCUCAAUUAUUAAGGAUCCAAAGUAUGUCCAACGCACCUUACAUAAAUGACAUAACAUUCAGAAAUCCAUUUUUAAGUUACGCAUGAAAGUUUGUUGUGAGCCUGUGACCUUUGAACGUACACGUGUAACUUUAAAACCCCAUAAAAUUUUUUUGAAAGUCCCAAGGCUUCAAUCUACUACACCACGUGUGAUUAUCGACCCAUCAACACCAAUAACUGGGAGAAUUUUCCUUCCUGAUAUCCCAGGAUCCUGCACCCUGCUUCCAGUUCCUGUUUAUUUUCAUGGUGGUGAGUUUUGCAUUGGCUCAACCACAUGGCUUGGCUACCAUCAUUUCCUUGGAGAUUUCUCUGUUGAGUCACAAUCCAUUGUCCUUCCCAUCGACUACCCUUUGGCACCAGAACACUGCCUCCCAAUAGCUUAUGAUGAUUGUUAUAGCUCCCUGGAAUGGCUAUGUAGCCAAGCUACUAGUGAACCAUGGUUCAAUCAAGCUGUUCUUUCCCAUGUGUUUCUCUGUGGAGACAGUGCUGGAGGGAAUAUUGUGCAUCUGGUUGUUAUUAAAGCAAUGAGGAACAACACUUUAAAUGUUAAGAUCAAAGGAUUAGUGUUGAUACAUCCUUUUUUUGGCAGUGAAGAAAAGACUGAGAAGGAGCAUGAUGGUGCAGCUGGCUAUGUGGCAAUGAAUGACAUGCUUUGGAGACUAAGUAUACCUUAUUGGCCAAAUCGUGAUUAAUUUUGAUGUAACUUUGAGAAACAAGAGGUGUAUGAAGCUGAAUGGAGAGAGUUUCCCGUAGUGGUGGUCUAUGUGGCUGGCUUGGAAUUCUUGAAGGAAAGGGGAGUGAUGCAACUCAUUUGCUCCGACGACAGAUGAGCUAGUUCAUGGAGGACAAUUAACCUCUAGGCUCGCUGGUGCCUAUUGCAGGCAGAUUAAUGCUGGUAGCUUCUGAAUAGAUCAAACUGAAGCAUAAGUAUUCCACUAUGUAUGGAAUUCAGUGACGUCAUUAUAGAAUGAUGAUGCUCAUAAAAGGAGACAGCCUUGCCUACAUCAAAGCUUAAUAAAUGGUCAUGACUCAUGAGAAGGGUUGAGCAAACAUCAAAUUCUGCAAAUAUUGAACUUAGUCAAUUUAACGUUUGGUGGUUCAUAUACAGCUCGCCGGGUCCCAUGACAUGACUUUCUAAGUAUAUACAUGAAAACAUCUCAAUCUAAACCUCUGAGGGUAGUCUAGGGCCUCUGCUAACUUUUGAAUUUGGCAUUCAUUUUCAAGCUUCAGCAUGAUCAAGGCAAUCCUACUCAUCAUCAGUGCUCACAAAACCCCCAAUGAAGCCAGCAGCAUUGCAAUUUCUGCACAACAUCUCUUUUUUCCCCCUGCCAAAAAACAUACACUAGGAAGUGAUUUAAGGAUGCCAAAAGCUCAAUAUGGAAAGGUG